GUGAAAAUCUGAGUUUCCAAGAACGUUUUUUGUGUAUUUUUUGAAUUGAGUAAUUUGUGUCCUACGAGCUCAUUAUACGACUUUUACUGCUCCUCUUGUAUAUCAUCUUCGGAUGGUCAUGUCGAAGGUGAAACGUCGUCGUUGAUGCUGCAUGAUACGUGAAAGUCAGCAGAGUUGACGCACGAGUGGGGUUGUUAGGAGGUGCAAAUUGCGGAGGCCUCGUGGUUACUUCGGCCGACACGCAUCCCUUUGGAAAACAACAAAGCACGCGGAACUGUUGCGGCUGUGAGGGUCUGCGAGUGAUAUCUCCUUAUACCUGGCGCAAGGCAGAUAUUAGCCGCUUCUUCUUGAUCCUGGUCCUGGUUGAACCGAAUCGCUUUGCAAAGAUCGAAAAUGAUGCGACCACCACCAGCACCUGUGCUCGGGCCGCCGCCGCCCGACCCGACGGCAAAAAGUAAAGAAACUGUGAAGGAUCUCAAAGGCCCCAACAAGAACGAAGUGUACCGUUUGACUCCGGAGACACUUCCACGGCCGAUUAACAACACCAUGUGCUGCCAAAGCACGAUGAUGACGACGACCCUGACCAUGGCUCCGACACUAGCGAGUACUUACGGAAUUUUGAUGCAUUCUUUGACUUAGAUUCAUCUGGACCUCAGCGAUAUUGACCAGAGUGCUAAUAGCGUUCGAUUCUACUUGGAUUAGCCAGUACUGAUGGCGCUCAAUACUAACUGCUUAGUAGAGUUCUGACGCAUAGAUAGAUAGAUAGAUAGAUAUCCUUGCAUUGUCUUCUCCUACCUCAUUCUUGUGAAGACUUGUGCAGUUUUCAAAUACGUAACCCGAUUUAGAUUCCCACGUUUUACCACUGUGGGUAAGCUACGAGCCGAUGCCGCGUGGUUGUUUACGAGGUAUGGAGAGCAUCUUGCGAAUGGGACAGAUCACCCCUCUGAGAUGUCCGCGGUGUGAGGCCUACAUGACAGCCUACUGCGACAUUCAGACAACGAGCCUUUACGAAUUCGAUUACACAUGCAGUUUCUGCUCCGAACACUUCCAUGUACUUCGCAGUUUUAGUCUUGUAUAGACCAGCCGAGUCCAAAAAAUAGCAUGACGCGUACUAGUACUGUUUUCUUAUUCAAUGCGUCCUCGUUGGGGGUUGUUCGUGACAAAAUUGAAUAACACAAGAUAGAUUCAUGGUAGUCCGUUUUAGUUUUACCUAUCUCAUCAACGUGCACAAACAACUUGCUAACAGGUGUCGGACCCCUCGAUGGCACACACAAAGAUGUUCGAUGGGCAGACAAAGGCCUUCGGCACGUAUCAGUGCCUCGAGUAUGACUUGGCGAGGAAUGGAGACCCGGUCUAUGGAGACCCUUUGCUUGAGGGAUUUCCUGACCUGCAACAGGAAGACGAACCAGUGGUAUCAUGCUUACGAUGUCUUCUUCGAUUUUCUUGUCCCGCUUGAAUAGUCUACAAGAACUCUCUAUAGGUAUAGCGAUGAAUAUCACGAUCCUUGUGGAGAUAGUGAUAGUGAAGUAUGAAAAUAAGAACUUACGCCAGGAAAUAGUGAAUGAAGAAACCAGAAAAGCGGAUGCACUAGAAGUACUAUACUUGAAUCAAGCUCACUUCAUGUCCAAAAGUUCUAUGCAGUACUGUUCUUUACCAACUGUACAAUGUGCAUCCCCUCAGCCCGUUUGUCUCGUAGUCGACCGUUCUGUGGUCGAUCGUGUUGGCGAGUGGCUUGAGCGUAAUUUGUGUCCGCGCAGCGACGGAACGGGUGGCGAGGGCGAGAAUCCAGAAACGCUGGCCAAGGCAGGCUUGGGCGGUGCGUCUUCACGUUAUCGCCACAAGCGCGGAGGUCGUGGGAGUCGACGUCGAUUCGAAAUGCGCUCUUCCGCAGAUUCGGUGGAGAGCUUCAGCUUCCGCGAGUCCAGUUCCGGUAGCUAUUCGGGAUCAGGGUCAUGGGAAGACGAGUCGAGCAACACUUGCUCAGACAGCUGCUCGCCAGACGAGUCGGACGUCCCAAGGAUGGAGGACAAUAUCAUACUUUAUGACCACCACCCCGAAGAUGAAAGAACAUCUACUUGUUCUAGCUCAUGUUGAACUAUUUAUAGGGUCGUUAGCAGUUGUUGUCUUUAUUGAUACUUUCUGACCUCCUAUGAAAAACGUGAGAGAAGAUGAGAGUAAUUACCAGGAAAAACAUUCCUUGAUACGAGUACAUCAGGGUUAGGCAGUAGAGUCUGUUAACAGGAUCUCUUUAGACUGGUAUGGUGUAUGAUGAUGAGAUGAAAAAUGUAGUUGCGGCAAAGUUUGACCCUCUUCAUUAGUGCCCUCCUCCGCAGGACGUGAACGCUGGACCGUCUGGCCCUCGUGUCGUGGAUGCGUACUACGAACACACAUGCUCGCCCCUGAGCACUGAUUCAGCAGGGGCGAAUGCAGUCCAGCAGGUGAGGACAGGGGACGCUGGCGCGAAGCCUCUGAUUGAAGUUUACCUAACCGAGGGAGCCACGAGUUCGACAGCAGCACCAACUAGUUCGUCGGAUUCCUCGUCAGACGACCAGGCACCCCCAGUAACAGUGAACGACCCCUAUGCUCAACUGCAGCAAAGCGCUCCAUCUGCUUCCCGGUAUAGUAGCUCUAGCUACUCGGAUGACUCUACACUCGGAAAUAUCGGUCCCAGUGGGAUGACAUCUAGUACUUCGACGCCGGCACCGACACAGGCAGGGGGAAAUCAACAAGACGCAGCUGCGGCUCCGGAGGCCACGUCGAGUCAAAGGAGGAAGAACCGAAGCGCAGAGGACAAGAGCAAAUCUCCGCCACUCAAGUACGUUCCAGGAAAAUGCUAUUACCAGGGUGUGCGCGUGAUGCUUGUGGUGUAUGACAGCCAGAGUUG